AUGGAACCAACGCAAAGGCAAAGCUCCCUAUGGUCCUCUCAUUUCUAUCCUGAAAAAAACCCAAACCCUAACGAAAUCCCAGUCUUCGACGAUGAAAGGGAGCCCAUGUUCGAGAAACCCUUAACGCCCAGCGACGUCGGUAAGCUGAACCGGCUUGUUAUCCCCAAACAGCACGCCGAGAAGUACUUCCCACUCGGCGGUCACUCGGGUGGGUUGCUCAUGAGUUUCGAGGACGAGUCAGGCAAGUGUUGGAGUUUCCGUUACUCGUACUGGAACAGCAGCCAGAGCUACGUGUUGACCAAAGGUUGGAGCAGAUACGUCAAAGAGAAGAAACUCGAUGCUGGUGACAUUGUUUUGUUUCAACGACACCGUCUGGAUUGUGGUAGGCUGUUUAUAGGGUGGAGGAUGAGCGGUGCUGCAUCGGUGGCCGCAACGGAGCAUGGCGGCAAAGCCGGUGGCGAUGAGCGGUGGGGUGCUCGGGGAUUAUAUCACGGCCAUCCUUAUCUUGGGCACAUUCAAGGCCUUGGGGCUAAUGUGCCAUACCAACCCGACCGUCUUCAUGCAGGAACCAUGACUCAAAAUCAAGGAGAUGAGAAACCAAAGAGGCUGCUCCGGCUAUUCGGGGUGGACGUCGACGUCGAGUGCCAACUUGAUGUCUCCGAACCAUCCACAUCGGAAAGCUCAUCCGUGUUGAGUCAGGGUCUGACCACCCACCUGUUUUACUCCGAGUCUUAA